AUGGCCGAGGCGUGCCUGGCCACGGAGCUCGAAGCGCUGUCGGCCACUUUCGAGGGCGUGGUCUGGGACUCACAGCAGCGCAGCGUGCGCGUGAGCAUCCUGCCCUACACGGACGCUGACGUCUUCCUGACAUGCACCCUGGUGCUCGACCUUACCGACUACCCCGCCGCUGGCGUCAAUGUGCUCCUGGAGGGGGUGAAAGGCUUCAGCGACUCCCAGGAGCUGCAGCUGGUGGAGGCGCUGCGGGGCCUGGUUCAGGACGGUGGCGAUGAGGCGGGCCUCCUCCCCCUUGUGGCCUCUGCCCUGGACCAGGUCACGGAGUGGAACAGGCCCUCGGGCACGUGCGUGCUCUGCCUGGAAGCCCUGGACGACGUCCCUGCAGCGCAGGCCUGCCUCCUCCCCUGCCUGCACUGCUUCCACAGGACGUGCUUCCUAUCCUACGCGGCCUGGCAGCAGGACCGGCUCGCCCGGCGCGCCGAGGAAAUCGCGGAGCAGUGGAAGGCUGCGGCCCCGGCCCAGCUGGCCAAGGAGGGCGUCGCUGCGGAUGCAGCGACGGGCGCCUACGCCAUGCCCUGCCCCUGCUGCCGCGCCGUGGCCCUGCGUCGGCUGCAGCGCACGCAGCGCGCGACGCUGGAGGCCCAGCGCCGGGCGGGGGGCCUGGUGGGGACGCGCGUGGCCGUGACCCUGGCGGAGCUGGAGGCGUCCAGGCAGGCCGCGAGGGACACCGCCUCGGCUGCAGUAGCAGAGCCCCGAGAUGUGCGGCAGGCCGUGCGGGUGAAGGAGCGGGAGAAUACCGCCACAGGGACCCCGCCGCCGGCUGCAGCUAGGGCGCUACAGGCUCGCUCGUGA